CAUACAUGGAAGGGGUAAAUCCAUUCAUCAAGAGCAACAAACAUCGCAUGAUCAUGUUCUUGGAUGAACUUGGGAACGUUCCUGAGCUUCCCGACACUACAGAGCACUCGAGAACUGACCUCUCUCGUGACCUGGCAGCCUUGCACGAGAUAUGUGUGGCACACUCAGAUGAACUCCGGACACUCAGUAACGAGCGGGGUGUAAUGCAGCAUGUUCUUAAAAAGCUUCUGGCUAUUACUGAACUGCUUCAACAAAAACAAAAUCAGUAUUCAGUGUCUAAUAACACCAGGUAGCAGCCCUCUACCUGAAUUCUGCAUGGAUCCAGCAUGCCUGACACGGCGAAUCACACCAGUUAUCACCUUCUUCUUGCUCUUGCCAAAAAUAGCACACCCUGUCACAUUCCCAGUGAUGUGUGAACUAUGCAAAAAAGAAAACAAAGAUUCUGUUGGUGAAUGAUUGUACCAGCAGCUUUUUAAGCUAUCUGUGCAGGACAUUUGCACUUUUUUCCACUUGGAAACAGUUUUCACAACCUCUGAGCCUUGGUGGACAGUUCACCUUCCACGAAGAAAAUGCUGUGACUGUGUCUUGAACUUUGAAAAUUAUUUUCAGCACCUCUGAUUGCCAAAGUUUUCCUGUCUUAUUGGAAAAGAAUUAUCAACUGACAUGGAAAGAAAUGUGUUGCUUUGACAGCUACAUAUAACUGGAUAACAUUUCUUACUGUAAUUUCUGACUGGUUACAAUAAUUACGACUUUCGACUGUUUCAACCACUUUAACUUGUAUUCACAGUCUCCAGAAUUUGAUGUUAUGGUAGAAACAAUCUUUACUGUACACUUUUUAUACCAUGCUGUUUCUCUUGCUGGAAUCAUGUUAAAAGAGAAUAUGCAGAAUGGGUCUUGUCGGCUUUAUUUUUUUGAUGUGCCACUGAUUCAGUCUGAAUAGUUCUGCCAUCAAGAACUGUAUAUCCAGAUAAAUCACAAUGCUUUUGUAAAAUGUUUACAAUGGCAAAUAAUUUGAAUUCAGUAAAUUUAUUGAUCAUUGUAUCAGACAUGCAUGCAUUCAUUAAACCAUUUU